GUGGCGGCGGCUGGGCGGGCGCGCAGUUCCGGGCGCGCGGCGACCGUUGGGCUUGGCAGUUCACGGGGGGCGCGGCUCUCAUGGCUGCAGCUAGCGUGACCCCUCCUGGCUCCCUAGACUUGCUGCAGCCUGGCUUCUCAAAGACCCUCCUGGGGACCAAGCUAGAGGACAAGUACCUGUGCUCAGCCUGCAAGAACGUCCUGCGCAGACCCUUCCAGGCGCAGUGCGGCCACCGCUACUGCUCCUACUGCCUGACCAGCAUCCUGAGCUCCGGGCCUCAGAACUGUGCCGCCUGUGUGCACGAGGGCAUAUAUGAAGAAGGCAUUUCUAUUUUAGAAAGCAGUUCGGCUUUCCCGGACAAUGCUGCCCGCAGGGAGGUGGAGAGCCUGCCAGCUGUCUGUCCCAACGACGGCUGCACCUGGAAGGGGACCCUUAAAGAGUAUGAGAGCUGCCAUGAAGGACACUGCCCAUUCAUGCUGACUGAGUGCCCGGCGUGUAAAGGCCUGGUCCGCCUUGGCGAGAAGGAACGCCACUCGGAGCACGAGUGCCCAGAGAGAAGCCUCAGCUGCAGGCACUGCCGGGUGCCCUGCUGCUGGGCUGACAUGAAGGCGCACCAUGAAAUCUGCCCCAAGUUCCCCUUGACUUGCGACGGCUGUGGCAAGAAGAAGAUCUCCCGCGAGAAGUUUCAGGACCACGUCAGGACGUGUGGCAGAUGCCGAGUCCCGUGCAGAUUCCACGCUGUCGGCUGCCCUGAGAUGGUGGAGAGCGAGAAGCAGCAGGAGCAUGAGGUGCAGUGGCUCCGGGAGCACCUGGCCAUGCUGCUGGGCAUCCUCCUGGAGACAAAGCACCUCGUGGCAGACGGUGGCCGCUUCCUUGGCCAGAGUGAGGUGGGGGUCCCGGGGGUGGAGCUCUCCAAGGCUGCGGAGCUCCUGCAGAGGUGUGAGGCCUUGGAGAGGAAGACGGCUACCUUUGAGAACAUUGUCUGCGUCCUGAACCGGGAGGUGGAGAGGGUGGCCAUGACUGCCGAGGCCUGCGGCCGGCAGCACCGGCUGGACCAAGACAGGAUUGAAGCCCUGAGUAACAAGGUGCAGCAGCUGGAGAGAAGCAUUGGCCUGAAAGACCUGGCCAUGGCCGACCUGGAGCAGAAGGUCCACGAGAUGGAGGCCUCCACCUUCGACGGGGUGUUCAUCUGGAAGAUCUCAGACUUCACCAGGAAACGCCAGGAAGCCGUGGCCGGCCGCACGCCUGCCAUCUUCUCCCCAGCCUUCUACACCAGCAGGUACGGCUACAAGAUGUGUCUGCGCAUCUACCUGAAUGGAGACGGCACCGGGCGUGGGACACACCUGUCUCUCUUCUUUGUGGUGAUGAAGGGCCCCAACGACGCCCUCCUGCGGUGGCCCUUCAACCAAAAGGUGACCUUAAUGCUGCUUGACCAGAACAACCGGGAGCACGUGAUUGAUGCCUUCAGACCCGACGUGACCUCAUCCUCUUUCCAGAGGCCUGUCAGUGACAUGAACAUUGCGAGCGGCUGUCCCCUCUUCUGCCCUGUCUCUAAGAUGGAGGCCAAGAAUUCCUACGUGCGUGAUGACGCCAUCUUCAUCAAGGCCAUCGUGGACCUGACAGGGCUCUAGCCGCCUCCCACCAGGGUCGGGGGUCGGGGUUGAGGAGCCACCACGCUGGGCCUGAGCCUCGUUGCGGGCGAGUGCCUGCCGGGUUCACGACCUACUGGGAAGGGGCCGCCUUCUGGGUGGGGGCGCUCCGGCCAGGCCACGUGGAGUGGGCCGUGGGCCUGUGAGUGCCUCCUGGCGAGCUGUCCUGUGCAAGUGCUCAGAGCUCUUGGUGUGCAGCAGGAGUGGCUGGGGGCAAGGCGAGCAGAAGGCCCGGGGAGCCGCGAGGAGAGGGGCCGCCCCCCAUCUGGCCACACGAGGAGCCCCCUGGUGCCUGGCCCCACCUUUCAGCCUCUGGAGAGAAGGGACGUUCCCGGGCCGCUGCCCUGAGCAGAGCUCCUGCUGGGGCAGCCUGGCCAGGCCUGUGGGCAGGGAGGGUGCCCUGUGUCCUCAGAAUGUCCCGUCGGCUGCCCUUGCGGUGUUUGGGGGGCACACAUUCAGCCCCACUGCAGGACUUGUGUCAGCUGCCCCGUCGGGCCGUGGAGAAGUUGUCAUUAAAUCGUUGAAUCUC